AUGCGGGAAGCAUAUGCCGCCCUGCAACGGCAGAUGGAGGCCGCGCGGCGGGAAGCCGAAGCUCACGAGAGGAUCGAGGAGGAGGCUCCGCCUCCUCCGAGGUUCCUCAAGGUGAGGACAGGUCUGUUUAGCGGACCGACGGGGCAGCAGCAACCCAAACAGGGUGAGGAGGCACCCUUAUGGGAACGCCGGCACCCCGAGCCACCGCCGCAGCCACCGAGCACACAACAACCGACGCCCCCGCAGUCACCGCCACCAAAAUCGCCACCGCCGAACGCACCGACACAACAGUCGUCGUCACGACAGGAGGAGGCACCGAAGGAGCCGCCACAGGAAGAGGCCCAGCGGCCCCAGUGGGGUGGUCCGGAGACCGCGGUGUGCGGGCCAUUUGUGUCACAAAACGAGCACACGGCGGUAAGGAAUGGCAUGAUAUGGCACCACCAAGUUAUCCACAUAACGUGGGCGUCGGGACCCGCACCAUCGGAAGCGCAGGAAGAACGGAAAGUAUGGGUGGAGGAACCGGCCCCGCGAAGCAACGCGCGUGAUCCACGACAGCACCGGAGGCAGGCCGAGGCCAUGAGGGCAGAGGAGACGGCGUCGGAGGAGCGGGAGCCAGCGGCAGCGAAGGCACCGGCUGCGACGGCGACAGAGGCACCGACAGCGGCAGCAACGGAGGGGGGGGCAGCGACGGAAGAGGCGGCAGCGCCAGCGACGGCGAAGGCAACGGAAAUACCGACGGCGGCGAUGGAGGUACCGGCAGCGACGGUGACGGAGGUACCGGCAGCGACGGAGACGGAGGUACCGGCAGCGACGGUGACGGAGGUACCGGCAGCGACGGUGACGGAGGUACCGGCAGCGACGGUGACGGAGGAACCGGCAGUGCCAGCAAUGACGACGGCGACGGAGGUACCGGCAGCGAACACGGAAAGCGAGAGGUGGGAGCGCGGUCCGUGGGUGUGGCCCUCACCUGCGAAAGACAAGCCUAGGCCUGUCCUAGUGCGGCAAUCGUCGUGCCCGGAUCCCAGGGCUGAGGUCGCCCGGCCGCAGCUGCAGAGACAGCAGUCGGUGGAGGAGCCGACGGGGAAGAACGUCCGCUGGCGACAUGUGGAUGUUGAAGAAUGGCCGGAGGCAGUGGCUCGGGCGGUGGAAGGCACACGCCGGAUCGGUCGACGCGUGAAGCGUCUCGUGAGGGUGCGCGGGGUGCGGUACCGGGUAUCAGCAUCGGCAAACCAGGUCGAGGUGUCCGUCGAGGCAUGA